AUGGCUGAGGCUGAUGAUAUUCAACCCAUCGUCUGUGACAAUGGUACCGGAAUGGUGAAGGCUGGUUUCGCCGGUGAUGAUGCACCAAGGGCUGUAUUCCCAAGUGUUGUUGGUAGGCCAAGGCAUCACGGAGUCAUGGUUGGGAUGAACCAGAAGGAUGCGUACGUUGGUGACGAAGCACAGUCCAAGAGAGGUAUCCUCACCUUGAAAUACCCGAUCGAGCAUGGUGUUGUGAGCAACUGGGACGACAUGGAGAAGAUCUGGCAUCACACUUUCUACAACGAGCUCCGUAUCGCUCCUGAAGAGCACCCGGUUCUACUUACCGAGGCUCCUCUCAACCCCAAGGCCAACAGAGAGAAGAUGACCCAAAUCAUGUUCGAAACUUUCAACUCUCCGGCCAUGUAUGUCGCCAUCCAAGCCGUUCUCUCCCUCUACGCCAGUGGUCGUACCACCGGUAUUGUGCUGGAUUCUGGUGAUGGUGUGUCUCACACUGUGCCAAUCUACGAGGGUUUCUCUCUUCCACAUGCCAUCCUCCGUCUCGACCUUGCUGGACGUGACCUUACUGAUUACCUCAUGAAGAUCUUGACCGAGAGAGGUUACAUGUUCACCACAACAGCAGAGCGGGAAAUUGUGAGAGACAUCAAGGAGAAGCUCUCCUUCGUCGCUGUGGACUACGAGCAGGAGAUGGAGACUUCCAAGACCAGCUCAUCCAUCGAGAAGAACUACGAGUUGCCCGACGGGCAAGUGAUCACCAUCGGCGCUGAGAGAUUCAGGUGCCCUGAGGUCUUGUUCCAGCCUUCGUUUGUGGGGAUGGAAGCUGCUGGGAUCCACGAGACGACCUAUAACUCGAUCAUGAAGUGUGAUGUGGAUAUCAGGAAGGACCUGUACGGUAACAUUGUGCUCAGUGGUGGUACCACCAUGUUCUCCGGUAUUGCGGACCGUAUGAGCAAAGAGAUCACAGCUCUUGCACCAAGCAGCAUGAAGAUUAAGGUCGUUGCACCGCCUGAGAGGAAAUACAGUGUCUGGAUCGGUGGUUCCAUUCUUGCUUCCCUCAGCACUUUCCAGCAGAUGUGGAUCUCCAAGGCUGAGUAUGAUGAGGCAGGUCCAGGGAUUGUUCACAGAAAAUGCUUCUAA